AUGCGGUUUGGAAGAAAAGGGAAGUUGAGCCCCAGGUUUAUCGGUCCAUAUGAAAUCCUUAAGAGGAUUGGGAGUUUAGCUUACCGGUUGGCGCUACCCAUGGAGUUGGAGCGGGUGCACAACGUGCUCCACGUGUCACAGCUUAAGAAAUAUGUUCACGACCUGACACAUGUUUUACCACCGGAGGUGAUUCCGUUAGACGAUGACAUGUCCUACGAAGAGAGUCUGCUCACGAUUCUGGAUUACAAGACCUGGGAAACGCGUAGGAAGUCCGUAAAGAUGGUGAAGGAUUGGUGGACACAUCACGGUGUAGAGGAAGCGACUUGGGAGCUGGAGUCAAGCAUGAGGGAGUGUUAUCCAGAGUUGUUCUCGUCAGGUACCUCAUUUCGACGUUUUCUAGUGGCUUGUUGUUGCCUUGUGUACUUGUUCUUGCCAGUUUGUUUAGUGGAGUAG